UAUGCAGUUCGAUUCAGGAAAGUCCAGAAGGUCUAAGAUCUUUCGUAAGAAUUUUAGAUAUUCUUCUAUUUUACAAUUAUAUGAAGAACCUCCAACUGAAAAAGUAUCUUUAAGCGAAUUUGAAGAGUAUGCUAUCGACAGAAUAAAGUUGUUAAAGAUCGUAGAAAAUGUUGGCUUAAAGCAUGUAAAAGGAAGCGAAGAAUACUGUAUGGCUAUCAAAAAGGAAAUGGCAAACGGAAAAUUGGAAGGCCUUCCACUCCGUUUAAAAGACCAUAGCAUAGAGGCGAACUUGGAAAAAGUCAUGAAAAAAGAUCACGUUUCUCAUUUUAUCCUAAGAUUAGCGUUUUGUCGAACUGAGGAUUUACGAAGAUGGUUUUUGGCUCAAGAACUAGACCUGUUCAAGCUUCGAUGGUCUUUAAUGACUGCCGAUGCUCAAAAAGCAUUCAUGUUAGAAAAUCGAAUGCAUUAUAAUCCAAUUUCGGAUAGUGAAAAGAGUGAAAAAUUGACUGAAUUGACUGCAUCUACUUUUAGACCAAGCAUUCAUAAAUCAAAUACAACACUUGCUUUGAAUACUGAUUUUUAUAAGGUUCCUUUUACAGAAGCGAUUGAGCUUGUAAGAACAAGAAAAGUUUAUAUUGAAAAGGGUCAAGCAUAUAUACCCUCCAAUGAAGUUAUUGUUCUCAUUCAAAACUAUUUUAGAAUGAAAAUCUCGGCGGCUUUAGUGCUGACUACUAAAACACUAUCGCUUAUGGAAGAAGAUGAUCGACUUGGUCCAAUACUUGACGCCUGUGCUAAGCGUCAUAUAGGUAUAGAAUAUGUAACUAGGAAAAAUAUAAAAGACGGGGAAGUAACACCGGAAAUGUUGGAUCAACUUUCUAAAGAAUCAUUUCCACCUUGUAUGCAACAAUUACAUCAUAAUCUGAAAACGAACCAUCAUCUUAAGCACAACGGUAGAAUGCAGUAUGGUUUAUUCUUAAAAGGAAUUGGUUUGUCCAUGAACGAUGCAAUUAGAUUCUGGAAAACAGAGUUUUGCAAACAGAUGGAUGGAGAUAAAUGGGAUAAACAGUACUUGUAUAAUAUUAGACAUAAUUAUGGCCAUGAGGGUAAGAGGGCUAAUUAUACUCCAUACUCAUGCUCAAAGAUAUGUUCUAUGACACCUGGUCCUGGUGAAAGCAACGGUUGCCCAUUCAGACACACUGACGCAUCUGUUCUUCGUCAACGGCUUCAAGGAAUGUCACUGAAUAGGGAAGGCAUUGAUACUAUUGUAGAAUUUUCGAAAAAAGGUCACCCUCAAUUAGCUUGUGGUAAAUAUUUUGACAUGGUACAUAAUCAAGAUAUUGGCUUCACUCCAAAUCACCCAAAUCAUUAUUUCGAUGAGAGUAGAAAUGUUUUAAAUCCUAAAGUCGUUGAAGGACAGAAGGAAAGACCGGUUGUAAAACCAAAAUUGGUUCCAACAACUUCUAAACAGCCUUUAAAUGUAAAAAAAGAGUUAGAGAAUAGUUCAUUUGAUGAAGAUCUUAUGACAAUGGAUAUGGAGUAA